GGGUUCGCUUCAGCGAGUCAAUUAACAUCGAUGACAUAAAAGCCCUGGCAGCCUUAAUGACGUACAAAUGUGCUGUGGUGGAUGUUCCUUUUGGCGGCGCCAUGGCUGGGGUGAAGAUUGACCCGAAGAAGUAUUCGGAAGGCGAGCUGGAGAAAAUAACAAGGCAGUUCACAGUGGAAAUAGCCAAGAAAGGAUUUAUAGGGCCUGGAACGGAUGUUGCUGCUCCAGACGUAAACACGGGGGAAAGGGAGAUGUCCUGGAUGGUCGACACCUACUCCCGCACGCUGGGCUACAAGGAUAUCAACGCCCACGCCUGCGUGACAGGGAAGCCCAUCAGUCAGGGUGGAAUCCACGGGCGGGUGUCUGCCCCAGGCCGGGGCCUGCUGCACGGCAUUGAGAACUACAUCAACAGCGCCACGUAUAUGGACCUCAUUGGCCUGAGCCCCGGCUUCCCCGGCAAGACCUUCGUGUUGCAGGGCUUUGGCAACGUGGGCUUCCACGCCAUGCGGUACCUGCACCGCUACGGAGCACGCUGCGUGUGCGUCGGGGAGGUGGAUGGUGCCAUUUACAACCCCAGGGGGAUCAAUCCCACGGAGCUAGGAGACUACAAGCAGGAGCACGGCACCAUCACCGGUUUCCCCAAAGCAGAGCCUUACGAAGGCUGCAUCUUCGAGGUGCCUUGCGACAUUCUCAUCCCAGCGGCUGUCAGGUCAAAGCCAAGGUUCACCCUGUGCCCACCUCCCGGCCGUUUGUGCUUCCAGAUCAUCGCCGAAGCCGCCAACGGCCCCACGACCCCGGCAGCCCACGAGAUCUUCCUGGAGAGAAACAUCCUCGUCAUCCCGGACCUGUACGUGAACGCGGGCGGCGUGACCGUCUCCUUCUUCGAGUGGCUGAAGAACCUGAACCACGUCAGCUACGGGCGCCUCACCUUCAAGUACGAGCGGGACUCCAACUACCACCUGCUGAUGUCUGUGCAGCAGAGCCUGGAGCGGACCUUCCGCAAGGGCAGCGGGGAGAUCCCCAUCAUCCCCUCCCCCGAGUUCCAGGCCAGGGUGGCGGGGGCCUCCGAGAAGGACAUCGUGCACUCGGGCCUGGCCUACACGAUGGACCGCUCGGCCCAGCAAAUCAUGGAGAUGGCCUCGCGCUACGGCCUGGGCUUGGACCAGAGGACGGCCGCCUACCUGUGCGCCAUCGAGAAGGUGUUCCGGGUGUACAGCGAGGCUGGGUUUGCGUACUGACAGCUGUGCCGCCCCGCCCCGGGGAGACCCUCGCGGGGGCAGGGCAUCCUCUGGACGUGCCCGCCUUCUGCCCGAGUGC